AAGUGAUCUCAUCGCAAGCCCCGUUGCUAAGCUGCAAGUGUAGACUGGGUUCGCAAGCAGCCACACAAACAUGAAAUCAACAACAAGGACUGAAGGAGCCAGACAGAAAGCAGAUUAGUAGUUGGCAUCAACUAGCUAGCUACUGAUUUCGGUCUUAACCAUUCUCUUUUCACCAAUCAUAGCUAGAGAUAUUCUGGUGGCAAUUAGCUUAAAAUGCAGGUAUGUUCUGUAUUAUAUUUUGCCCUGCCCAGGACGAGCAAUCUAAGUAGCUAGCUAAUUGAGUUGUUAACGUUAACACGUUAUGCUAAUUUAGCUAGCUAAUAAAGUUCAACCAAUCUGUUUAACCAUCGAAAUGGCGUUUACUAGCUGCCUUAGCUAGCUAACAAGUAUUUGCAUGACUGUGACGUGCCUAAAUUGCAGCCCGAAAUAAAGCGUUACUUUGUUUGUGUCGUUUAAGCUAGUUAACAGUACAUAGCCAGCUAACUUUAGCUAGCUAAGUUAACAGCCUGCUAGCGAACCAGUUUGCUAACGCCAAUAGCGUAGAUUCGACUAUCUAUCGUGUAAUAAUUAGCUGGUUUAAGCAGUUUCUAUUUUGUUUGCAUCCUCCCUCAGCUUCAAGAGAAGCCAACAGGGGACAUGAAGCAGAGAAGUUGACAUUUUAUAUGUCUCUUCUGCCACCAUCAACAAUUUGUCAUACAAAAUAUUUUCCCUUUGCCUCUUGUUCUUUCAUUGGAGAGAAGCUAAAGGUCUUAUCAUACAGUCUACACACCUGACGCAGUUACCUCUGUGUGAAUAAUAACAACACUCCUUUGAGUGUUGGACGCCUAAGAAUCACCAUGGCUGUGGCCAACACCACCAAAACAUCAUGGAGAUUACAGGAGAUUGUAGCCCACUCCAGUAAUGUGGCGUGUCUGGCCCUGGGGAAGAACUCCGGCCGUCUGCUAGCCACUGGGGGAGAGGACUGCCGAGUCAACAUCUGGGCAGUCAGCAAACCCAACUGCAUCAUGAGUUUGACAGGCCAUAAUAACCCAGUAGAGUGUGUGAAGUUUAAUAACUCUGAGGAGCAGGUGGUGGCUGGCUCACAGUCCGGAUCACUGCGUGUAUGGGACCUGGAGGCUGCAAAGAUCCUAAGAACUCUAAUGGGACACAAGGCCAAUAUCUGUAGCUUGGACUUCCACCCGUUUGGGGAAUACCUGGCAUCUGGUUCCAUGGACACCAACAUCAAGCUGUGGGAUGUACGGAGAAAGGGCUGUGUGUUCAGGUACAAGGGUCACACUCAGGCAGUGAGGUGCCUGGCCUUCAGUCCAGAUGGGAAAUGGUUGGCCUCUGCUAGUGAUGACAGCACCAUCAAGCUGUGGGACCUGACUGCAGGGAAGAUGAUCACAGAGUUCACAGCACACACAGGAGCCAUCAACAUCAUCCAGUUCCACCCCAACGAGUAUCUGCUAGCGUCAGGCAGCUCUGACAGGACCAUCAAACUGUGGGAUCUGGAAAAGUUCAAGAUGAUUGGCUCUUCAGGGGGAGAGAUGGGACCUGUCAGGUGUCUGGCCUUUAACCUGGAUGGCUGCUGUCUGUACAGUGGAUCUGUGGACUCUCUCCGUGUGUAUGGCUGGGAGCCCGACCGCUGCUUUGAUGUGGUGCCAGUGGGCUGGGGCAAGGUGGCAGACCUGGCUAUCUGCAACCACCAGCUGAUUGGCGUGUCAUACAAUCUGACUAAUAUUUCGUCCUACGUGGUGGAUCUGACCCGGGUGAAGAAGUCUGGCUCUGUGAUCCAAGGCGUAAUCCAGGACGACCAGCCGCUUACAGAGCCCUCCCCGAAAGGAUCCACGCUGCGACGCAACUACGAGCGACCCCUGACCACCUGCAGCACACAGAGGGUAAAGCAGAGUUCUGAGUCAGAGCGGCGCAGUCCCGAGGGGGAGAUGAGGAGCCCCAGCAGUGAGGACGAGAAGGAGUCCUCCGCCGAGAUCCGUAACCCCGAGGACUACAAAGAGAUCUUCCAGCCAAAGAGCGCCAUCUCUCGCACCCCCCCAAAGAAUGAGCCCUUCCCUGCCCCCUUAGAAGAUGAGAGUUUUGUGGUGAGAGCUAACCAAGGGCUGGUGGAGGUCAUGACUCCUCUGACUGACAGACAGCAGCCCGGCCUGUUGAAGAACCUUCCAGUGGCAUCGUCCACUCCGGUCCUGAGGGUGGAGCCUACCGUGGUCGCCACGGCGCCCUGUCCCAUCCCAGUGGUAACCGCACGGCCGCCGACUAACCACCCCCCUGCACCCCACCCACCGGUCGUUGCUAUGGCGAAGGCCAAACCCCAGCCCAGCGUCAUCCUCUCCUCCAGGAAUGAACCAAUAGGACUCAACGUGGGAGAUUUCCUUCCUCCUGCUCGUAACAACCGGCCCAGUGUGCUGGGUGAUGACGAGGCUCUGGCCCAGAUCAGAAAGGGUCAUGACACCAUGUGUGUGAUGCUCACCAGCCGACACAAGAACCUGGACACUAUCAGAGCCGUGUGGGGUAGCGGGGACGUCAAGACCUCCUUGGACUCUGCGGUCUCGAUGAAGGAUCUCUCAAUCGUCGUGGACAUCCUCAACAUCGUUAACCUCAAACCGUCGCUAUGGAAACUGGACCUGUGUACCUCUAUCCUGCCCCAGAUUGAAGAGCUGCUGCAAAGCAAGUAUGAGAGUUACAUGCAGACAGGUUGCACGUCUCUGAAGCUGAUCCUGAAGCGUUUCUGGCCUCUCAUCUCAGACACGCUGACAGCGCCCCCCUCUGUUGGAGUGGAUAUAACACGGGAGGAACGCCACCAGAAGUGCAAGGCAUGCUACAAGCUGCUGAAGAACCUCAGCGAUUUGGUGAAGAACAAGGCCGACCAGGUGGGUCGCCACGGCAGCGCCUUCAAAGAGCUGCAGCUGCUCAUGGCGCCACUGGACUACUGACAGUCGACUAUGCAACUGGAGACACGCACAGAUUCCUCAACGGCUGACCACUGUGCUGUGAGGACUCAAGUCUGACUGACGGCUGCAUUCUGUCAUCCACCUGAGUGGUAAAAUCAGGGGACAAUCCCAGAUUCACACUGCGUGUGGAUGGACUGAAGCAGUGGACUCCGAGACCGGGCGGGAUAGAAGCCCAUGUUUAGAACUCACUGUGUAGCGGUGUUCUCAGGGCGCGGGACUCGGCUCUCCUAUUUAAACACUGGGCACUUAUGAUUCCUUAAUCUGUAUGUGAGAGAAAUGAUGUCCUCUGUAACCUUAACUUGCCCACCAGAUGAGCACACACACACUUUUCGUAAUUCUUCCAUGCACACAAAACACCUAUGACACACAGACCAGACUAGGGCCAGGUUUCAAUCCGAUCGUGGGUUAUAGGCGUUGUGGCUUUAAAAAAAGCAAUGUUCACACGGAUAUCGCCUUUAAAAGCCGCAAUACCUGUGUUCAGGUGCACGGUGUUGAUUUCUACAUUCUGUACCCGAGAUGUCAACCCUAGAUGCACUAUUUGAAAGUAUUGUUAACGAUAAAAGAACAUGUUUUUCAAAUAAAGUCUAGUUUUAGGCAUGUUUCUGGAAUUGAUAAGGAACAACUCUUGUUAAGAUGUGUGUAAUUCCACUCCCAACAGAGAGCAGCACUGUUCUAGCUAGUUGGGAAGGUACUGUUUGAAAGGCGCUAGGCCAUCCACCACUCCAGUGUGAAGGCCUCAAUAGAUUCUGGUCAAUAUAAUGGAUACUCUAACGUUUUAAACUGGAAGGCAGUCGGGACCAUUCUAGCCAAUGAGAGGGCAGAUACAUUUGAACAACAGGCACCACGGUUUCCACAGUUAAAAUGGGGUAAUUCAUGGGAGAAAAAAGCUUUUAGGUUAAAAAUAAGAGAGAGAUUGUAGAAAUAGGCAGGGUUUAUUUAAAGUGUUUUGCCGGGAUGUCACGUGUCCUACUAAUCGAUCAAAUAAGACAUUUUUUUGUUAACCAAAUUGUACUCCAUGCAACCUGCAGGAGAAGAAACCGCCACCUUCAAGAACUGUCAAGAGUAAUAGUAGAAUGCACAAGGUGCAAUUUUGAAAUUGGGUAGUGCAUUAUCAGUUCCUCUUCAUGUUAGCCAGUGCAUACAUUCACCCAGAGCAACUUACCGCUCGGGGAUUUGAACCAGCGACCUUAACCGCUGGGCUACCUGCCACAACUUAAAGCGCUCUUUAACUUAUCAGAAAUGUCCAGCUCAACUAGCCCAUGUCAGCUAAAGUAAAAAAAAAUGUGUCACUCAUAUCACACUAGACAUGGCAAAAUGUAUAGAAUUGCAAGACAAUUAGCUUUAAAACUGCAACAUUUUCUUUGCACCCCAUGACAAUGUGUAGAAUUGCAGGAAUUAAGCUUUAAACCUGCAAAAUUCUCAAAACCAACGAGGUGUGAACAGUGCUUGUCCCCAAAUAGACGAGGUGACUGCACUUGUGAAAAAGUGUGGGAACUCCUGCUCUAUACAACUCAAUGGCUGCAACCAUCCUGAACCAGUUGGUCAAAGAGCAUUGUCCCGGGUAGAUUUAAUACAACCUACCAUUUAAUAAAUGGUGACGAAAGAUAUAACCACUAGAAGGCAGGAUAUUUCAACAAACAUCUGUUAGGGACAGCAGAGUUUAAUUUCGUAUUGAGUGUUUAUUAAAAAAGGGUGUACAAAAUCAAGAAUGCCGCAGAAGGUUUCCACAACAACAAAGACAAAAGCAAGUAGAGAUAUCCAUCAACAACCACUACGAUGCAGCGUGUCCUCAAUGUUCCUCGGACAUCCUGGUAUUGGAGGGAACAUUGGUUUAACAUUGAAGACACACGGUCGAUUAGCUGAUCAAAUGUACAAAGCAUUCCUAUUUUCAAAUACAGUUCACAAGCUUGAUCACUCCCUCAGGGGCAGCAGUGUCUGUUCCGUGAGGCAAUCCGUUGUCAUUGGUUGCUUGUGGUCAGCCAUAGGGAGUAGGAUUAAGCUGUCCUGGAUGCAGAUCUAGGGUCAGUUUUGUGUUGUGUCCCUAUUGAAUAACCUUAGAAUUUGGGUAGAAGAAACUAAUCCUAGAUCUGUGCCUCUGGGCAACUUCAACCGGCAGCAUCCAAUAACAGGAAUGGCAUUUCCUGUCUGGCAGGGAGUUUGAAUAGUCUAGCUUUAUUCACUCGGUAGAAGAAACACGACAACAUGAACGUUUCCAUGCAGUGGCUGAGGCAGCUCUGUAUUGCCCUGGAGAAAUCUAAUCUAAAACACAAACGGCUACACAGGAAGUUAAACGCUCUCUGCAGUCACGUCUCUUAUUGCUUGCGUCCUACAGGGCAAAAGAAGCCCAGUUCCAUAUCUAUCCCUGAUUGGAUGAGGGGGAGAAAGUGUGGAAGGAGACCAGGAUGGAACCCUCGUAACCCCCCC